GGAGUGGAAGAAGGGAAACAUCUCUGCACAUGUCCAUCUGAUCUGCCGGCGUUCUAAAAAUUGCUGUAUUGGCGUUCGUUGGUCCCGUGUGAUUGUUCCUACUAGCGGCUGUUCCGCACAACUCCAAGUAACUCAGGUACCUACCUACCUAGACUGUCGUGGCGUGUCCGUAGGGCUGGUGCACCGUUGUUGGCCGCCCGCUGCCAUCCGGAACAGGCGGAGAGGCACCCUGCAGCACCAGCUCAGCUCAGCUCGGCUUGCGCUCUGCGGCUGCCUGCCCUGCGGCCAAACCCCACGAACGGGCGCCAACAGUGCCUAUCUACAUAAAUAUUCCGCCUUAUUCUACCCUUCAUUUUGCGCGCUUUCGAUCCACUUUAGGCACCUUGGUGCCAUACCCUACCUGCGUCGGCUCCCGUCCCGCUGCUUCGGCACUCCGUCUGCGCGUCUGCGCAUCUGCGUCAUCCCGCGCCGAGCCAAGAUGACAACCCACGCAACGCCGACUGCUGCGGCUCCCCCACCAAUUGCCAACCCUGCCGAACGUUCGUCUCACGGCCGGGUGGUGCAGGUGCUGAGAGCCGUCUCGCUCGUCAUCUACUUCGUCGCCGGUGCCGUUGCGAUCCACGCGACCCAACUCCUCGGCGCUCCCCUGUACUGGAUCAACCGCGAACUGUACUAUGCCUACAUGUCCCUCACGAAGCAGUCCUUCGGCCUUCUCAUCACGACCGGAACCCAGUGGUGGGGCCCAACCACAAUACGCAUCAGCGGUGAUGCUUCGGUGGCAGACCAGAUACGGAAGACGGAGGAUGGCCUGGUGGAAUUUUCGUUCCCCGAGCGCAUGGUCAUGAUUGCGAACCACCAGGCAUGUGUGCGCCUCCAUCGCUGGGGUUAGGCUUCGCCACUGACAUGUCGGGCAGAUCUACACAGACUGGCUCUACCUCUGGUGGGUUGGUUACGCCAACAAGCCCAAGGCGCACGGCUCGCUCUUCAUUAUCUUGAAGGAGUCGCUCAAGUACAUACCCGUCAUCGGCCCCGGUAUGAUGUUCUAUGGCUUUAUUUUCAUGUCCCGGAAAAUGGCCGUGGACCAGCCGCGGCUCGCCCACCGGCUGCGAAAGCUCAAGACGCACCAUACCGCACCCGAUGGGCAGAAGUAUCUCGAUCCCAUGUGGUUGCUUCUGUUUCCCGAAGGGACGACUGCCACCCAGAACAGCCGGAACAAGUCGGCAAAGUGGGCUGAGAAGGUCGGCAUCAAGGACCCAGAGCACGUGUUGCUCCCGCGCAGCACUGGCAUCUACUUCUGCCUCAGCGAACUGAAGGGCACGGUGGACUACGUUUACGAUUGCACCGUGGCGUACGAGGGCAUCCCACGAGGAAAGUUCGGCGAGGACAUCUUCACCCUCCAACGCACCUACAUCCGAGGACAGCCGCCCAAGUCGGUCAACUUCUACUGGCGCCGGUUCCGCGUCGCCGACAUCCCGCUUGGCAACCAGGAGGAAUUCGAGGUCUGGCUGCGUGAGCGGUGGUACGAGAAGGAUGCCCUCAUGGAGCAGUACCUCUCCACCGGCCGCUUCCCGCCGAGCCCUGCCGAAGCCGUCACCACGGGCAACAAGGGCUUCAUUGAGACCGAAGUUCGCACUCGGUACCCAUGGGAAUUCCUGCAGAUCUACAGCGUUCUCGGCGCUUUCGCUUUGGUCACGAACUUGCUCCUCAAGACGUGGAACCGGGUCCUUUCGGUGUUUUCUUGAGAUUCGGGCGUUUCGGAGAUAGAUACCCCCCUUGGCGUUCAUCUUCUCACUCCCACAUUUUUAUACACGUGCACGGAUAACGACAACGCAGACGCUAUACGACUUGACGCCCAUGACGACGGGACGGACUGGUGGGUUUGCACGCACUGCUGAGACGGCGAGACUGGGAAUGGCUAGGCGAGCGGCGCUAGAGUGGAGUUGGA